AUUCAUUUAUUUGUGAUGAUGGGCAGUGUAUUGAGGCAUCUGCAGCAUGUGAUGGUAUCACAGAUUGUUCCAAUGGUGAUGAUGAAGAGGGCUGUGGGGGAAAGAUUACUGUAUGUAAUGAGACUAGUGAGUUCCGCUGUGACAGCAAGGAUGCCUGUGUUCCGUUGUCAUGGAGAUGUGAUGGUACUGCUGAUUGUGUUGACGGUUCUGAUGAAUGUGGUUGUGUUGAAUUAGAGUAUCAUUGUAGUGAUGGAAUGUGUAUAGACAUGGCAAGAAAGUGUGAUGGUGUACCAGACUGUGAAUUUGAAGAUGAUGAGAAAGAAUGCAAUAACGAGAUUUGUGCGGAGGGCCAGGAACUCUGUUCAGAUCAGAGCAAGUGUAUCACAUCUUCCCAGCGCUGUGAUCAGCAUCCAGACUGUGAUGAUGGGUCUGAUGAAAAAAAUUGUGAAACAAUAGUUGUAAAUAGUGAGACAGAAGCAAUGCCAUAGAUUGUUUUCAAGACGGCAAUAGAAAAUACAUACAGCCCUGAUGAACACUACUUGCUUGGUUUAUGAUGAGUUUGCAGAUUAUGUGAAUUAUGUUUCCUUAAAACUACAGAAAACUACAGAAAUAAUGGAUGGUUCAGAGAGAACUUCAACACUUUUUUUACUCUUGAACAUUUUACUUUCUUUCUUCUUUUUUUUUAAAGUAAAACAUUUCCAAUUACUAAAACUUCUGAACAAUAAAUUCAAGUCUAAUUCUGAUAAAUUCAUAAAAUCUGAGACAAGGUAUGUGCAAGUCCCGGUUAAAAUAUAGAGAUGUAAUGUUUUCUUGUAAAACUGGGUGACUCUUUAAAUGAAUAUUAUAACCUUUGCUUGUUAUUAUGUGCUUUGUAUAAAUAAAUGUAUUUUCCUUCUUGUCUAAAUGGAAGAUUUUAAACUUUUGUUUCUCAUUUUAUGAUUACACCAAGUAAGAUAUAAACAUUGUGGUAGAAUGGACAUAUGUUGACACAGUAAUAUUUUUAUUGUCAGUGGUAUGAAAUAAAUGUCCUAGCUUAUUAUGAUAUUUUCCAACUUUCUCUUUAUAUAUCUCUCUUUAUAUAUCUACAUAAUCUUAUGAACAGUAUCUUAAGUUGCAAACACGAAUGCAUAACUUUCAACAUCUCGUGAAUUGUCACAAAAUUGUGCGUUUUCAUACCACCUGAUUUAUUGAUUACAAUUUUAGAGACAUUCUCAUUUAUUUCUCAAGGUAAGGUAAUGUAUGGUUUUUCAUGUAAUCUGGAAUGCUCAUUUAUUACCUUAACUAACUAAUCUUUAUUUGACUAUCAAAUGAUGUGCAGAGUAGAGCAUACUGCACAGUUGACACCUGAUCUAUUUCUAGUUUUGGUCGCGAUACUCGUUGAGAAUGUUUUCCAUAUGCUGAGAAAUAAUUUUACCAUUACUGACACUUAAACAUUUAGUAAUUACAUAUUUUACUUGCAUAGAUAUUGAUGUUACAUUAUAUAUGUACAUGUAUAUAAGAUUAUUUGUUGUCCCCCACCUUUUCGAAGAAAAAAGGGGGACAUAGAAAUAGGCUCCGUCCAUCCGUCCGUCACACUUUCGUGACCGGUCCAUAACUUUGUCAUUUAUGAAAGGAAUUUGAAAUAACUUGGCACAAAUGUUUAUUAUAAUUAGACAAUGUGUCAUGCGCAACAACCAUACCCCUACCUCCAGGGUCUAGGUCCCACUUGCUCAUUCAAGGUCAACAUUGUCUAUUUGAGGGUAUAUAUCGUGUCCGGUCCAUAACUUUCUUUUCUAUAAAGGAACUUUGUAAAUACUUGCCAUAAUUGUUCACAAUAAUCAGACGAUGUGUCAUGCGCAAAAACCGGUCACUUACCUCCAAGGUCAAGGUCACACUUGGAGGUCAAAUACUUACAUAGUCUGUUACAGGGUAAAUUUUGUGUCCGGUCCAUAACUUUUUCAUAGAUCAAAGGAUUUUGAAAAUACUUUGCACAAAUAGUCACUAUAAUAAGAGAAUGUGUCAUGCGCAACACCUGCAUCCCUACCUCCAAGGUUAAGGUCACACUUAGAGGUCAAAAAUUAACAUAGUCUGUUAUAGGGUAUAUUUUGUGUCGGAUUUAGAACUUCUUCAUAGUUCAUGGGAUUUUGAAAUAACUUGGCACAAAUAGUCACAAUAAUAAGAUGACAUGUCAAGUACAACACCUGCGACCCUACCUCCAAAGUCAAGGUCACACUUAGAGGUCAAAGGUUAACAGAGUCUGUAAUUUGGUAUAUUUUGUAUCCCGUCCAUUACUUCUUCAUAGAUUAAGGGAUUUUGAAAAUACUUGGCACAAAAAAUCACAAUGAUUAGGUGAUAUGUCAUGCGCAACAUCUGUACACCUAUCUCCAAGGUCAAGGUCACACUUAGAGGUCAAAGAUUCACAUAGUCUGUAAUAGGGUAUAUUUUGUGUCCAAUCUAUAACUUCUUCAUAGAUCAAGGGAUUUUUAAAAUACUUGGCACAAAUAGUCUCAAUAAUAAGACAUUAUGUCAUGCACAACACCUGCUCCCCUACCUCCAAGGUCAAGGUCACACUUAGAGGUCAACAUGAUAGAUUUUUAAAUUCCGUGUUUCAUUCUAUUUUUUAACAAAUUUAUUGUUGCAUUUGCAGAUCUAGCAUUGAUCAUAAUUUUGGACUGAAUGUCCUGAGAUCCAUACUUCAAUCUUUUGAAAUAGCACAAUUUUAUGCUUCAUAUAAAACUUCCCGAGGCGGGGGACGUUAGUAACUCUGUUACAAAUUCUUGUUGUAAUCAUAACUUCACCUGUCUGUAUGAACUGUGUGUAAGAAUAAAGGCUUAGUUAAUAAACAUUUAUAUCAUUAUA